AUGACACAUCCAAAAAAAGAACUAGACACAUCUAUAUCAGAUGCUCCAUUAGCAGAAUCAUCAGUAGAGCAAGAGCGGCCAAGUGUAACAGAUAACAAAGAACAGGAAACACCUUUCAUAGUUGUUUCCCACAGGAAACACAAAAACAAGAACAAGAAAAGAAGCACUGAGAGAGGAAGGAACCUCUCUCACCCUGAACAAAAUCAAAUGGUCUUGAAAGACACCCAUCAGAAGCCAGAGGAAGUUAAAAUAGGGACAUUAGAAAGUCAGUAUUAUUCAGUUCAGAAGGCCCUAAAGAGCCUAUACAAACAACCAGGUCCUCAACAUGACUUAACUCAAAACAUUUCCAGGUUCAAAUGGAUCAAAUCCAAGUAG